GCCGCUCAGCUGUAGCUUCGCCUUGAGCUCCCCGCGAGACCCGGGAAGACGCAGGCAGCAGGCACUGCAGGCACCACGACGACGACGGCAUCCGCUCCGCUCCGGAACGCGUCAGUCCGUCAGUCCAUCUCCGAGCUUGGACAUUAUCGUGCGCUAGUUGUUGUUGGAUCGGCCAUCGGCCGCGCAUCGGAUCGUAUUCAGCCGCCCGGCCUGCGCCAAGGAUCACUUGAGGAGCAUGUCGGCAUCAGAGGCAGUGCCCAGGGAGGAGAACUCCAGGGAAGAGGUGGCGGAGUCGCCGGGGUGCUCGCCGUCCCCGCGCGACCCCACGCGCGGCCAGACCCUCACGGGGCUGACUCACGAGUGCGGCGUGUUCGGGUGCAUUGCCACCGGACAGUGGCCCACGCAGAUCGACGUCGCCCAGGUCAUCUGCCUCGGGCUCGUGGCUCUCCAGCACAGAGGGCAAGAGAGUGCCGGCAUCGUCACGAGUCAGGGGAACAGCACGAAGCACUUCAAUGUCCACAAGGGCAUGGGCAUGAUCUCGACGAUCUUCAAUGACGACGCCAUGAAGAAGUUGAAGGGAAACCUUGGAAUUGGUCAUACGAGGUAUUCGACCUCUGCAGCUUCGGAAGAGGUCAAUUGCCAGCCCUUUGUCGUCCACACAAACCACGGUGCUCUGGCUGUUGCUCAUAACGGAGAGCUGGUUAAUUGCGAAAAGUUGCGGCGCAAGGUCCUGAGCCGAGGUGUUGGCCUUUCCACUCACUCAGACAGUGAGCUCAUAACACAGGCACUGUGUCUGAGUCCCCCAGAAGGGGAGGGCGACACCCCUGACUGGCCCGCGCGUAUAAAGCACCUCAUGGCACUGACACCUCUUUCAUACUCCCUUGUCAUUAUGGAGAAAGAUAGAAUUUAUGGUGUGCGUGACCCCUAUGGAAAUCGUCCUUUAUGUUUAGGAAAAAUUGUCUCAAUGGUGCAGAGCAAAGAUGAUGACAGUGAUCAAGAGCCUGAGGGUUGGGUUAUAUCAUCAGAAUCCUGUGGAUUUUUAUCAAUUGGUGCUCGUUAUGUUCGAGAGGUUUUGCCUGGUGAAAUUGUAGAAUUGACACGCAAAGGAGUGAAGACCAUUUCAAUUGUAGACAGACCUGACAACAAACCUCAAUCCUUCUGCAUAUUUGAAUAUGUCUACUUUGCUAGAUCUGACAGCAUUUUUGAAGGACAAAUGGUCUACUCGGUGCGGAUGCAAUGUGGUAGGAUGCUAGCAAAAGAAUCUGUGAUAGAUGCGGACAUCGUCAGCUCGGUGCCUGAAUCUGGAACAGCUGCAGCACAUGGAUUUGCUAGAGAAUCCGGAAUUCAGUUUGCUGAAGUGCUCUGCAAAAAUCGUUAUGUUGGGCGCACCUUCAUUCAGCCAAACACCAGAUUGCGUCAGCUUGGUGUGGCUAAGAAGUUUGGUGCCAUUUCAGAAAAUGUCAUGGGCAAGAAAAUCAUUUUGAUUGAUGAUUCAAUUGUCAGAGGAAACACAAUUGGCCCGAUCAUCAAAUUACUUAGAGAUGCUGGAGCUAAAGAGGUUCACAUUAGAGUUGCAUCCCCUCCACUUAAAUACCCAUGUUACAUGGGAAUCAACAUUCCAACUAGGGAAGAACUUAUAGCUAAUAAACUUGAUCCUAAACAGUUGGCCAAAUAUGUUGGUGCAAAUAGUCUGGCUUACUUGUCCCUCGAGGGACUCGUAAAGGCUGUUCGACAUGGAAUAAAAAUUAAGGAUGAAAGUAAAAUAGGCCACUGCACAGCUUGCCUUACUGGAGAAUAUCCAGAAAGCAUUGACUGGUAGUAAAUCAUUAUAUUUACAAUGUCUGUAAAUAUGUAAGAUAUGUGUGCCUUACCUUAUUACUCUAAUUAAUCUCACUCUACAAUCAUUCCAAGUAUUUUAAAUAGCGUGUGACUAAUACAGAUCAACCUUAGUACAAACUUACACUUUUAUGUAAUGCCAAACUGAUUAUUUUUAAGUUCUUCAUAGAAUUUCAAUAUGAAAUUUAGUGGAAUAAAUAAUUUAAGGAAAGAAUCAAGAAAGUUGUCAUGAAAUUGAACCUGAAACUGUGAAACUAAAUUCUUAAUAACAAGGAAUGGCUUCUUCCUUAUGAAGCAGUACUGGGGCAAAGCUAACAUAAUUUAACAUAGCUUAAAUCAAAAUUUUAUGAAGGAAUGUAUUGCCUUAAAAAAAAGUCUGAUGAUAAAUAAGACACAAUAAGGCAGGAUGUUAAGAAGUAUUUUAUCACAGGAUAAAUGCAGGUUUAGUUUCUUCUGCUAUACAUCUCAAGAAAGUACUUGAAGAGUCCAUGGACAUCAAAAGUUUGCACAGCAAAAAAAAAUUAAUACUUGGGCUAAACAUUUUCCAUGACAGACCUGUGCAUCAAAACACAAUCAAUUUUAUCAGGGUUGUUUUGCCAUGUUGUGACAAGAACUUUAUAAUGAUGUGAAAAUCUGUAACUAUUUAUACACGAACUUCUAGAUAAAAGUUAUGAAACAGAAA